GCAAAUAUUAUGAAGAAGUGUGAAUCACUUGAUUUAAUCUGCACAAAUCCAAAAAAUCAACAUAUCAGGAGAAUCGUUUUAUGGUAAAUAUCGUUGCAGAAUCGGAAUUACGGGUGUGAUCUUAAGCAACAAGAUUGAUAUUUAUUUAUGACUCGCAAGGACGUUCAGGACAAUGCAUCAACAAUUUAUUUUGUCGAUGAGUUGCGAAUUAAAACAGCGUUCUCUUGACGUCAUAAACGAAUUGCGCAAACAAAAUCUGCUGUGCGACGUUACCCUGUUAGUUAACAAUAUGGAAAUACCAGCUCAUAAAGUAGUCUUGGCGGCGUUGAGUCCUUACUUCUGUGCCAUGUUUAUAGAGUCACAACAAGAUCGAAUUAUCCUACAGGGCGUCGAUCCUCAUGCUCUUAAACUCCUUAUCGAAUACAUGUACACAUCAACGUUAGAAAUCAAUAAGGAAAAUGUCGUAGAGCUGUUAACCGCAGCCAAUCUUUUGCAAUUAACCGAUGUUCGAGACGCCUGCUGUGACUACUUACGAACUCAGUAAUACAUGUGCAAUUUACUUUU